AUGGUACGGCACCCACCACCCGCACCUCCUGAGGUUCACAGGGGCGUUGCAGUGCUGGGGAGAGCACACCCCGAGGAGGAAGGGGGCAGAAUCCGUCCAGAGGAGUCUGCAUGGCAAGAGUGCGGGAUGGGAGAUGCAGCGAGCAAGACUUCCGAGUCCGACCUGGAGGACUUUCCAGACGAGACCAACUCAGAAAAUCUGUACAGCACCUCUCCGCCCAGCACGCCCCGCCAGAUGAAGCGCAUGUCAGCCAAGCACCAGAGGAACAGCGUGGGGAGGCCGGCCAGCAGGGCCAGUCUGAAAGAGAAGCUGAGCGCGCCCAGCCCGGUCCCGGGGAAGGCGGCCCCCGGGAAGGCGGCCGAGAGCAGCGAGGAGCACAGCCACCGGCAGGAGAAGAAGCUGCGUGCGGCGCUGCGCUCCACCGAGCGUGACCAGAAGAAGAGCGCGCAGUGCUCCUUCAUGCUGGACGCCGUCGGCGCCCCGCCCAAGAAGCCCAUCCCCGACGUGGACCUGCACAAGCCUUACCUCAGCCUCGGCUGCAGCAACGCCAAGCUGCCCGUGUCGGUGCCCAUGCCCAUGGCCAGGACCGCGCGUCAGACCUCGCGGACCGACUGCCCGGCCGAUCGGCUCAAGUUCUUCGAGACGUUACGCCUGCUCCUGAAGCUGACCUCGGUGUCCAAGAAGAAGGACAGGGAGCGAGGCCAGGAGAACACGUCCGCCUUCUGGGUCAGCCGCUCCAACGAGCUCAUCUGGCUCGAGCUCCAGGCCUGGCACGCGGGCCGCACCAUCAACGACCAGGACCUCUUCUUGUACACCGCCCGCCAGGCCAUCCCCGACAUCAUCAAUGAGAUCCUCACGUUCAAGGUCAACUACGGGAGCUUUGCCUUGGCGCGCAACGGCGCCAGCUUCAACGGCAAGUGGGUGGGAGGGCAGCGCGGCGGCCCCGGUGGGACGGAGCCCGCAGGCUGCCCGACGUACCACGAGCACCUGCAGCGCCAGCGGGUGUCCUUUGAGCAGGUGAAGCGCAUCAUGGAGCUGCUGGAGUACAUGGAGGCCCUGUACCCGUCCCUGCAGGCCCUGCAGAAGGACUACGAGAAGUACGCGGCCAGGGACUUCCAGGACAGGGUGCAGGCGCUCUGUCUGUGGCUCAACAUCACCAAGGACCUGAACCAGAAGCUGAGAAUCAUGGGCACGGUCCUGGGCAUCAAGAACUUGUCAGACAUUGGCUGGCCAGUGUUUGAAAUCCCAUCCCCUCGUCCGUCCAAAGCCAACGAGGCGGAAGAUGAGGAGGAUGACCUUGAGGGGGACUUGGGGGGCAUGGACAGCAGUGCUGACGAGAGCGAAGGGGAGCACAUCUCCGGUCGGAGUGGACAGGAGCUCAGGCCGCCCACUGAGAACAGCCUCGAUGUCCACCCCCAGGACUCUGUGUCCAAGAGGCUGGUGCGGCUGGGGUCCGAGGAGGAGUCCGUCGGCUGGGCCACCCCAGAGUGCAGGACAGACGCGGGCUUUAGCCGGCCCUGCCGGACCUCCAUCUACAGGCCGUUUGUGGACAAGGCCCUGAAGCAGAUGGGCCUGCGGAAGCUCAUUCUCAGGCUGCACAAGCUCAUGCACGGCUCGCUGCAGAGGGCGCGGAUGGCGCUGGUGAAGACUGACCAGCCGCUGGAGUUUUCGGAGUUUCCAGAUCCCACGUGGGGCUCGGAUUACGUGCAGCUGUCCAGCCCGCCUGUGCCCCAGGAGCAGAGAUGUAACGCCGUCUCCUGGGAGGAGCUCAACUCCAUGGACCUGCCGUCCUUCGAGCCUGCCUUCCUGGUGCUCUGCCGUGUCCUCCUCAACGUCAUCCACGAGUGUCUCAAGCUGAGGCUGGAGCAGAGGCCUGCGGGGGAGCCCUCCCUCCUGAGCAUUAAGCAGCUGGUGAGAGAGUGCAAGGAGGUGCUCAAGGGCGGCCUGCUGAUGAAGCAGUACUACCAGUUCAUGCUGCGCGAGCUGCUGGGCGGCCUGGAGCAGACCGACUGCAACAUGGACGCCUUCGAGGAGGACCUGCACAAGAUGCUCAUGGUCUAUUUUGAUUACAUGAGAAGCUGGAUCCAAAUGCUACAGCAGUUACCUCAAGCAUCCCAUAGUUUAAAAAACCUGUUAGAAGAAGAGUGGAACUUCACCAAAGAAAUCACCCACUACAUUCGGGGAGGAGAGGCGCAGGCCGGAAAGCUGUUCUGCGACAUUGCUGGGAUGCUGCUCAAGUCGACAGGCAGCUUUCUGGAAUUCGGCUUGCAGGAGAGCUGUGCUGAGUUCUGGACCAGCGCUGAUGACAGCAGCGCUUCCGAUGAGAUAAGGCGUUCUGUCAUAGAGAUCAGCCGGGCGCUGAAGGAGCUCUUCCACGAGGCCCGGGAGAGGGCAUCCAAGGCACUUGGAUUUGCUAAAAUGUUGAGGAAGGACCUGGAGAUAGCGGCAGAGUUCGUGCUGUCGGCCCCCGUCAGAGACCUGCUGGGCACCCUGAGAGCAAAGCAGUUCCUCAAGAUACAGAUUCCUGGGCUGGAGACCUUGCAGAUGUUUGUUCCAGACACGCUUGCUGAGGAGAAGGGCUUAAUCCUGCAACUGCUCAACGCAGCUGCAGGAAAGGACUGUUCCAAAGACUCCGAGGACAUACUGAUCGACUCCUUUGUGCUGCUGACCAAGCACAGUGACCGGGACCAGGGCUCCUCCGAUGGCUGGGGCACGUGGGAGGGACAGUCCGUCAAAGUGGUGCCUCAAGUGGAGACGGUGGACACACUGAGGAACAUGCAGGUGGACAAUGUCUUACUGGUUGUCAUGCAGUCGGCCCAUCUCACCAUCCAGCGGAAAACGUUCCAGCAGUCCAUUGAGGGGCUCAUGACCAUCCGCCAGGAGCAGACGUCCAGCCAGCCGGUCAUCGCCAAAGCUCUGCAGCAGCUCAAGAAUGACGCCCUGGAGCUGUGCAACAGGAUAAGCGAUGCCAUUGACCAAGUGGACCACAUGUUCACGUCAGAGUUCGACGCGGAAGUGGACGAGUCCGAGUCGGUCACACUGCAGCAGUACCACCGGGAAGCCAUGAUUCAGGGGUACAACUUCGGGUUCGAGUAUCAUAAGGAAGUUGUUCGUUUGAUGUCCGGAGAGUUCAGGCAGAAGAUCGGAGACAAGUACAUCAGCUUCGCCCGGAAGUGGAUGAACUACGUGCUGACCAAGUGUGAGAGCGGACGAGGCACGCGGCCCAGGUGGGCCACGCAAGGAUUCGAUUUUCUACAAGCCAUCGAACCUGCCUUUAUUUCAUCUUUACCAGAAGAUGACUUCCUGAGUUUACAAGCCUUGAUGAAUGAAUGUAUCGGCCAUGUCAUAGGGAAGCCACACAGUCCUGUCACAGGUUUGUACCUUGCUCUCCACCGGAACAGCCCUCGUCCCAUGAAGGUGCCUCGAUGCCACAGCGACCCUCCUAACCCGCACCUCAUUAUCCCCACGCCAGAGACCGGGUUCAGCACGCGGAGCGGGCCUGCGGAUGCCCGGAGCCACGGCAGCCCCGCCACUGCCUCCGCCGCCCCUGCCGGGCGCCCUGGCCCCUGCGGCAGCGACGCUGCGCCCAAACCCACCAGCAGUGCCCCCGACACCAGGGGCUCCAGCGUCCCGGAGAACGACCGGCUGGCUUCCAUCGCUGCCGAGCUGCAGUUCCGGUCCCUGAGUCGGCACUCGAGCCCCACCGAGGAGCGGGACGAACCUGCGUAUCCAAAAGGUGACUCAGUGGUGUCAGCGCGGAGAAGCUGGGAGCUGCGGACGCUCAUCUGUCAGAACAAGGACACUGCCUCUAAGCAAGGGCCCAUCGAGGCCAUCCAGAAGUCGGUGCGAUUGUUUGAAGAAAAGAGGUACCGAGAGAUGAGGAGAAAGAACAUCAUCGGUCAAGUCUGCGAUACCCCGAAGUCCUACGAUAAUGUCAUGCAUGUGGGCUUGAGGAAGGUCACCUUCAAAUGGCAGCGUGGAAACAAAAUCGGAGAAGGACAGUACGGGAAGGUGUACACAUGUAUCAGCGUUGACACUGGCGAGCUGAUGGCGAUGAAGGAGAUCCGAUUCCAGCCCAAUGACCACAAAACCAUCAAGGAAACAGCGGACGAGCUGAAGAUAUUUGAAGGCAUCAAGCACCCGAAUCUGGUCCGGUAUUUUGGCGUGGAGCUUCACAGAGAGGAGAUGUACAUCUUCAUGGAGUACUGCGACGAGGGCACCCUGGAGGAGGUGUCCCGCCUGGGGCUGCAGGAGCACGUCAUCCGGCUGUACUCCAAGCAGAUCACGGUGGCCAUCAACGUCCUGCAUGAGCAUGGCAUCGUCCACCGGGACAUCAAAGGUGCCAAUAUCUUCCUUACCUCCUCGGGACUAAUCAAACUGGGAGAUUUUGGGUGCUCGGUGAAGCUCAAGAACAACUCCCAGACCAUGCCCGGCGAGGUGAACAGCACGCUGGGGACAGCAGCUUACAUGGCUCCCGAAGUCAUCACACGUGCCAAGGGGGAAGGACACGGGCGCUCCGCCGACGUCUGGAGUCUGGGCUGCGUGGUGAUUGAGAUGGUCACGGGGAAGAGGCCGUGGCACGAAUAUGAACACAACUUCCAGAUUAUGUACAAAGUGGGGAUGGGACAUAAGCCUGCGAUCCCUGAAAAGUUAAGCCCAGAAGGCAAGGACUUCCUCUCUCACUGCCUUGAGAGUGACCCAAAGAUGAGGUGGACGGCCAGCCAGCUCCUCGACCACGCCUUUGUCAAGGUUUGCACAGAUGAAGAAUGA